GGAGUGGUUGACGGAUGUGGAGGUGAAAGGCGGAAACGGAAGUCGCGAAGCGCCAAGACUGUGGAAAAUCCUCGGCUAGAGCACAACGCACUCGCCAUUUUCAAACGCAGCUUUGCAACACGACGCCGCGCCCAAUCGACGAGACGACAAGAACCCACCCAACGACACAACCGACAAAAUGAGAGUCUACGAGGACAGUUUCUCCGGCCAGAAGAUCUACCCUGGCAAGGGCAAGCUCUACGUUCGUGGUGACAGCAAGAUCUUCCGUUUCCAGAACGGCAAGUCCGAGUCGCUCUUCCUCCAGCGCAAGAACCCCCGCAAGAUCUCCUGGACCGUCCUUUACCGCAGACAGCACAAGAAGGGUAUCUCAGAGGAGGUCGCCAAGAAGCGCACUCGCCGCACCGUCAAGAACCAGCGUGCCAUCGUCGGUGCUUCGCUCGAUGUGAUCAAGGAGCGCCGUUCGCAGCGCCCCGAGGCUCGUGCCGCCGCCCGCGCCGCCGCCAUCAAGGAGGGCAAGGCCAAGUCCCGCUAAGAAGAUGGAUUCUCGCGGUUGAUGUGGUUUGAUUGUCGUUUAGGCGCAGGCUGAGGCACGGCAUGGGAAAAUGCAUCUUCGUUACUUUAUACCGACUUUUUUCGCACUUCUCAUGCCUUAGGGAAAAUAUCAAAAAGCCGCCCCCGCAAACGU